UUUCCAUGGAAUUAUUCCCAUAGUUGAAACCUCUCAGACUGAAAGUAGGGUUUUAGCGUUAACCCUCGCAGGCAACGAAGCAAGACUCGAGUUCUUUCAGAAUCUAUCAUUUCUUCUGAGUAACAAUGGCCUCAAUUGGCGCUAGAUCCGUUUUCCGAUCAUUUUCCGGCUCUGCUCGCCGUGCUGCUGCUCAUAUUGGUUCUCAAGCCCGUUCAUCGUCAGGCUCUCCCUUUAGAAUGGCAACUAACAAGCCCCUCUCUCAUCGAACUUUCAGGUGUGCGGCUGAGAUGAGCUUCUGUUUGGAGUCGAUAAUGCCGUUUCACUCUGCGUCGUCGGCAGCUGUGAUGAUUUCAAUGCUCUCUAUCUCACGCCGCAGCUGCGGUUGGCUUCCCGAAGGCAAAGACAAGACUAGAUGAGGAUCGGGAAGCAGGAAGGAAUGACUUGAGUUGUUUUUUGAUUUUCACCUUUUAAGUCCUAGGCGUUGCAUACCCCCCUGCCCCGCCCUUCAGACAAAAAAGAAAAAAAAAAAACCAUAGGCGAUGAUAUCAUCAAUAGGGCGGUGAUAUUCAAUCAGCUUGUCUAACAUGAAGGCUUGCCACAAUGUUGAACUUGCCAUUUUCAUCACCUGUCUGUACCUCAAGCUGUCUUAUUCUAUCUGAGCUGUAACAGAAUCUUUCCAUAUCCCAUUUUCCCAGAUGUUCUAAAUUCUGUUUCCUGGCUUUUCAUAGGACUUGAUUCAAUAUAGAUAGAUCGUCUGCAACACUCCCUAUUACAUCUUCUUUUGAUAUAAUACUCAAAAUCAGAAUCUAGAUGUGAGAACAGCAUCCGGUUAGUGAUUUGUCAAGUUUAUCUCAUUAGACCAAA